AUGGACCCACCAAACGCUACUCGUGGACGAGGAAGAGGAAGAGGCUAUGGACGAGGCCGUGGCAAUAACGAUAGAGUACCACGCUCUCAUACCAACUAUACUCCAGUCCCACGCAUAGCGCUCCUGCAUCCCGGAACACCGGUAUCGAUUGUUUUGAAAAUGGAUCAGGGGAGUGGGAGGGAAGUGAAGGGGUUUGUGGGAGAGCUUUUGACGAGGGGGGAUCAUCCGAGGGGUGUGAAGGUUAGGUUGAGGGAUGGACGGGUAGGGAGGGUGCAGAGGUUGUGUACAGAGGGGGAGGCAGAGGAGGGAGAGGGGGGAAUGAGGGGAUUGGGGAGGAAUGGGGAAGUGGGUGGGGGUGAGGGUGGGAGGAGUGUUGGUCAGGAUGAGAGGACAGGAGGUAUGUGGAGGGGAGGAGGGAGCGGUGGCAAAACGUACUCGGAUUUCAGGACAGAUGGGUAUGACGCAUCUUCCGCGGCAAGCACCAGUGCAGGGGCUUGUCUGGAAGAUUAUAUUGUUGUGAAAGGAAAUCGUAAGGGGAAGAAAAGUACAGCUGAAGAAAAUAGAUUUAAUGAGGGGAGCAUCAUGGAGCAAGAAGAGAGCGGUAGAAAUGACGAGGAAGAAGUAUUGGAGGGAAGAUCAACAGGAGAUGUGUUCAAAUCCGCGAUGAGUACAUGCCCGGUGUGCGGAGAGUUUGAGGGCGAUGAGAUAGCGGUUGCGCAUCAUGUUAAUGGUCAUUUUGAAUAG